AUGGAGGUGACAAUAAAUAAGUUCCUGUCUAAAACUUUUCCAACUUUGUCUUGCUUGGUCUGUGAAUACUUAACAGCGCUGUUGGUCAUGAAUCUGGAAGAUAUUUUGACUAUUGCUGAUGUUGUUGAAGCAAUCGGAGUACAUCUGACGGCAUAUCAAGAAAAUAUCUCACAGGAGGCAAUUGUAGCUUGUUGUAGCCAGAUUCUGCAACUGAUACAUGGAAGCUCCCUCCCAAAAGUUCAACGGGAAUUUGAGACAAAGAAACUAGAGAAGACUGUAGAUAUGGCUGCUGAGAAUGAAGACUUUUCCGACCUUCAAAGUAUUUGGAAAGUUCAAACAAGAGACACGCCUACGAUGGUGGAUAAGAAGAAGCUAGAAAAAGCAGAUCUGCGUGCCUCUGCCAAAGCAGAUGCACGUGCAGAAGCUCCGGUUCAGCGUAAGAAAAGACCUGAGAGUGCAGCUACGGCUACUCAGGCUCCAAUUAAAGAUUUGGGAUUACGAGGUGCUAAUUCUAAAGAUAUCAAAUUAGAAAGUGUAGAUAUCUCCAUUGGAACUAAACAAUUACUCUCCUGCGCUGAUGUGACUAUGUCCUUUGGCAGGAAAUACGGUUUAGUCGGAAGAAACGGUAUUGGCAAAACAACUCUUCUCAAAAUGAUAUCUUGUGGGCAGCUACUCAUCCCAUCCGGCAUACGAAUGCUUUCUGUUGAACAAGAAGUAGAAGGUAAUGAUGUAAAGGUCUUAGAUGCUGUUCUCGCUUCCGAUGUUAAAAGAGAGACGAUGAUCAACAAAGAAAAAAGCAUCCAGUCAAAGCUUAACAAGGACUCGGUCACGGAGAGCGAGAAAAACAAGCUUCAUGAUGAACUGGCAAAGUUGUAUACUGAAAUGGAGAUGCUGCAAAUGGAUAAGGCGCCCGCGCGUGCGUCAUCAAUUUUAUAUGGUUUAGGAUUCACCCCUGACGAGCAGAAGAAACCUACAAAAGAGUUUUCCGGUGGUUGGAGGAUGAGAGUUGCAUUGGCACGAGCACUUUUUGUUCAACCGGAUUUGCUUCUGCUAGAUGAACCUACUAAUAUGUUGGAUAUGAGAGCAGUUUAUUGGCUUGAAGGUCACCUUCAAAGCUGGGAGGGAACAAUAUUAACUGUUUCUCACGACCGAAAGUUCUUGAACGAGGUUUGUACGGAUAUUAUUCAUUUACACACCAGAAGAUUGGAUCACUACAGAGGUAACUAUGAUACUUUUGAGAAGACUAUGAAAGAAAAGUUGUCACAGCAACACAGGGAAUAUGAAGCUCAGCAACAGCUCCGCCAACACACACAGGAAUUCAUCGACAAAUUCCGCUAUAAUGCUAAAAGGGCUUCGAUGGUUCAGAGUAGGAUUAAGAUGCUAGAAAAACUCCCUAUACUCUUACCUGUUGAAAUGGAGGGGGAUAUAAACUUCCGGUUUCCAGAAUGCGAACUUUUAAGCAAUCCUGUCUUAACAUUCGACGAUUUGUCCUUCAGGUAUAAUGAAGACUCUCCUUAUUUAUUCCGAAAAUUGAAUCUUGGAACCCAUUGCUCGUCUCGUAUUUGUAUUGUGGGAGAAAAUGGUGCCGGUAAAACUACUCUUCUCAAACUAUUGUUGGGCGAUUUGGAACCCACUACAGGAUUGCGGAAUAUCAAUAGAAGGAUAAGGAUAGGUUAUUUCACCCAACAUCAUGUUGAUCAACUGGAUAUGGAAAUGACUGCGCUCGAGGUUUUAUCAAAAAAUCAUCCAGGUAAAACGCAAGAGGAUUAUCGCUCAGCGUUGGGACGUUUCGGCCUUAUUGGUGAUAUGGCUCUUCAGUCUGUUUAUACAUUAUCAGGAGGACAAAAGUCUAGAUUGGCGUUUGCAAAUUUAGCGAUGGGGAACCCUAAUUACUUGGUGAUGGACGAACCCACCAAUCAUCUUGAUGUGGAAACUGUAGCUGCUCUUGGAAAUGCGCUCAACAAAUUUAAUGGCGGCGUGGUACUCGUUUCCCACGACGAGCAAUUGAUUGAAAUGGUUUGCAAAGAACUCUGGGUGGUUAAAGACCGAAUGGUUUCCAAUCUCGAUGGAGGCCUAGCUGAAUACAGGAAACAGGUUUAUAAGCAACUCCAACUGAUAGCUUGA